AUCCCCACACGGAGACGCUCCGCUCCGCGCCCGCACACACACACCAGCACGACACUCUCGCUGCCUGCCAUGGCGCUCCUCGCCAUCCAGGGCAUGGCCACGUCCGCCCUCCCGUACCACCACCACCAUGGCGCCGUCUCUUCCGCCUCCUUCCCCACCUCCUACGCGCUCGCCGCCUCCCCCCGCGCCCGCACCAGCCUCGCCACCGCCGCGUUCUCGGCCCCUCUCGCUCCUGCUCUCCAAGUCUACUGCGGGAGAGGGGAUAAGAAAACGAAAAGGGGCAAAAGGUUCAACCAUUCUUAUGGGAAUGCGAGGCCACGCAACAAGAAGAAGGGAACUGGCCCGCCACGGCUCUUCGCCCCUCCUGCGCCUCCCAGGAAGGACCAGUUCGAGGAUGGGGAGAUCACUCCCAUCGAAAUCGAUGAGGAUAUCAUGGAAUAGAGGGUCAAGAUGUAGAUCUUAAUGUCAGUCGUCCUGGAGUAGUAAUGAAGGUUUGGAACCCAGAGGAAGGUGUCCAACAAAGGGCUUGCCAUCCAGAGGAGUACGAAGAAGGACAACCCUGAUGACCUAAGUCUUAAGACUGAGAAGGUUGAGAACUUGUGUAAUAUAUUUUGCCAUGUGUACCUUAAUGAUACUCUAGUUUGGAGAUGUUUUCAAGUAAUUGGUGACUUCGUCUAUGGAUCCACUACAUUUUUACA